GGUUUUCAAAUUUCCCAUUUCUAACAGGGCAAUAACAAGAUCUCCUUGGAGAAGAGUUGUAAAAUUCCAGGAAACAAAACAUACAACCAUAUCUAGAAUUUAUGCACUCGUUUAACAAAUGUUUAUUAAAUAUCCAUGAUGCGCCAAGACCAAGGUGAGCACAGAAAUGAAUUGAAAACCUUGCCAGCAGUCUGUGGAGACAGAAAAUUAUUACAAAACAAUGUGCUGAGAAGAGUAAGUCCCUCACUCUGCCUGUGGUGUGAAGUCUUGAAUAGAAGCCUGGCUGGCUGCAUGACCACAUCAAAUCCAGAAGGAUAAAUGGAUCAUGCCUGGUGGAGGAACAAGUACAUGUUAGAAGUGUGCAAUUUGUAGUUGUAAGAAGAAGCUGUUCUGGCUUGGUGUGGCUACAGAAUAGAAUGGACAUGGGAGACCAGCCUGAAAAAAGAAGGCUGGAGUGGGACUUAGUAGAGCCUUGUAUGCUAAGCCAACAGUAUAGUCUUUGUCUUAAGGGUAACAGAAAGCCAUGGAGGAAUUUUAAACAGAGGAGAAGUGACCAUGGAAAUUGCAGUUUAGAGCUCUCUGAGGCUGCAACCAGAAAUUCAGGGCAGGGUAAAAUGCAGGGAGUUCUGGAGGGAGGGAAAGAAGGAGAGAGGAAGGAAGAGAAGAGAAAGAAAGAGACAGAAAGAGAGAGAGAGAGAGUCUGAGGAUAGGAUGUGGGCUUGUGUGGUGGUGCUUGUGGCUUGUAAUUGCAUGGGCAACCAAAAGCAUGUGAGAGGGAUGAUUUACAAGAAAUGCUCUUGAAAGAAUCCAACAAGGCCUGAAACCAACUUCCACUUUCUUCUGGAUAUUUCAGUUUCGGGGCAUCUUGUUAUGAGUCAAGAUUCCUCCUUCUAAACAUGGGACUUUCCAGAAGGACUACAGCCCUUUCCGCACAUCCCCUUGACCUAGAGUGUUCUGGAUUUUGGUUGUCAAGGGAGUUUGUCUGCCUCUCUGGAGAAGGAUGGCUGUGUGGUCCCUGUGGAGUCUGCUUCUCUGGGCAGCAGCAUUUCCUGUUGCAGUUACUGGUGCCCAAGUGCAGGGCCAGGUCGGGGGCUCUGUGCUGCUGAUGGCAGAGCACCACCCUGGCUUCCAAGUUCGAGAGGCCAUCUGGAGAUCUCUCUGGCCUUCAGAGGAGCUCCUGGCCACAUCUUUCCAAGGUUCCCUAGAGACUCUGUACCACUCCCGCUUCCUGGGUCGAACCCAGAUGCACAGCAACCUGAGCCUGGAGCUCCGACCACUGGAGUCUGGAGAUAGCGGCAACUUCUCUGUGUUGCUAGUGGACACUGGAGGUCGAACCUGGACCCAGAUCCUGCAGCUCAAGGUAUAUGAUGCAGUACCCAGGCCUGUGGUACAAGUGUUCAUUGCUGUAUCCGGGGAUGCUCAGCCCGCCAAGACCUGCCAAGCAUUUCUGUCCUGUUGGGUACCCAAUAUCAGCGACAUAACCUAUAGAUGGCAACAGGAGGGGACCAUUGACUUUGGUACCAAGACACAUGGCCUCUUCAUAGAUGGACAGGUGUUGAUGGUUUCAUUGGGACCAGGAGACAAGGGUAUGGCCUAUUCUUGCAUUGUCUCCAACCCUGUCAGCUGGAACUCAACUGUAGUCAACCCCUGGGAGAGCUGCAAUCAUGAGGCAGGGAAAUCCUCCUACAAAGAUGUGCUGCUGGUGGUGGUGCCUAUCUCACUGCUCCUGAUCCUGGCUGGUCUCCUCUCUGCUUGGCACUGGGGCCCCUGCUCAGGAAAAAAGAAGAAGGAUGCCUGUGCUAAUGGAGUGGCUCUAGAAACAGAAAACCCCCUUGUACCAUGAAGAAGAAGAUAAACUGAUGCCAAGACCAUGAGGAACUCCACUGCCCAGGCACAUGAUAAUCUAGGAUAUAGUUGGUGUCUUGAAACUACCACGGUUCUUGUACCUCCUGUGAGACUUUGUCCCACUUUCCAGAAGCAGCCUGGGCAGUUGUUACAUUGGGAAGACAGAAAACACUGGCAUGACCAUCUACACCCUCCCCCUUCCCUCUCCCCUUGUUGCACGUACUGUUGCACCAGACUGGCUCUGGUCUGGGAAAGUUGGGCCAAAGAGUAUAUUCCCUAAAGGACACUGGGCAGUCUCCUGGACCCACAGGGAUAGUGAUUGUUGAGAGUAUUCAUAUCCUACCACUGUUCAUGAAGUAUUGUUAUGGACUAUUUGUCCCCUCAAAAUUCAUAUGUUGAAGGGGAGACCCUUCUAAUCCCCAAUAUCCCCAAUAUGACUAUUUGGAUAUAGAGACUUUAAAUAGAUAAGUAAGGUUAAAUUAACUCAUUGGAAUGGGGCUUUAAUCCAAUAUGCCUGGUGUCCUUAUAAGAA